CGCUUGCAAUCCUUGCUCUCCCUCCACUCCCAGGCCAGCAAUAACUCCUUCCUCCCCAUCUCCACAUUCUCCCAUCCGCCGUUCCCCUUCCUUCCUCCUCUUCCUAGCUCCUCUCAUGGCGUCCUGUUCCUCCCAGAGAUAUCUCCGUGCUCUUUCUUCCACCUCCUGCUAGCCAGCUACGUACGCAGCACUCGUUUCGGCAGCUUCUUGCAUGCGAUAGCAUCACACGCUUCGUUGGAAGGAAGAAGCAGGGAUCAGAGAAUGAAAGCGGCUUGAGGGCAAGAGCUAGCCAGCUAGGGUUUGGGAGGCACUAGUACCGUACUACCAUCCAUCAUGACGCCGGCGAGGCGCAUGCCCGCGACGAUCGGCCGGAACGGCGUCGGGUACGGGUCGUCGUCGGCACUGUCUCUGAACCAGGCUGACUUGCUAGACAGCCAUCAGCUGCAGCAAGCGUUCCAGCAGCAGCUCUUCGAUCAGAUCCCGGCCGGCGCAGUGGACAGCGGCGACAACAUGAUCCAUGGCCGCGCCGACACGCUGGUGGAUGAGCUUGAGAGCAAGUCGUGCAGUGAGAACCCAGACGGCACCUCGGGCGACGACGGCCAGGAGGAACCCAACCAGCCGCCAAACAAGAAGAAGCGGUACCACCGCCACACCCAGCACCAGAUCCUGGAGCUGGAAGCGUUCUUCAAGGAGUGCCCGCACCCGGAUGACAAGCAGCGGAAGGACCUGAGCCGGGAGCUCGGCCUCGAGCCGCUGCAGGUCAAGUUUUGGUUCCAGAACAAGCGCACACAGAUGAAGAACCAGCACGAGCGGCAGGAGAACGCGCAGCUGCGCGCGCAGAACGACAAGCUGCGCUCCCAGAACAUGCGGUACAAGGAGGCGCUCAGCACGGCGUCCUGCCCCAGCUGCGGUGGCCCAGCCUCCCUCGGCGAGAUGUCCUUCGACGAGCACCACCUCCGCCUCGAGAACGCCCGCCUCCGCGACGAGAUCGACAGGAUCUCGGGCAUCGCCGCCAAGCACGUCGGCAAGCCCAUGGUCUCCUUCCCGGUGCUCUCCAGCCCGCUCGCCGCCGCAGCCGCCCGCUCCCCGCUGGACGUCGCCGGCGCCUACGGCGUCCAGCCGGCCGGUCUCGGCGCCGACCACCUGUUCGGCGUUGGAGCCGGCGCUGGGGAUCUGCUGAGGAGCGUGUCAACUGGCCAGCUCGACGCCGACAAGCCCAUGAUCGUCGAGCUCGCCGUCGCCGCCAUGGACGAGCUCCUCCGGAUGGCGCGGCUCGACGCGCCGCUAUGGGGCGGGAGCGCGGCGGGAGCGCAUCUGGAUGAUGAGGAGUACGGCCGGAUGUUCCCGGGCGGGCUCGGGCCGAGGCAGUACGGGCUCCGGCCGGAGGCGUCUCGCGACGACGCUAUCGUGAUCAUGACGCGCGAUAGCCUCAUCGAGAUACUCAUGGACGCGAACCGAUUCGCUGCAGUGUUCUCGAGCAUCGUGUCGAGGGCUUCGACGCACGAGGUGUUGUCGACCGGCGUGGCAGGGAGCUAUAAUGGUGCAUUGCAAGUGAUGUCAAUGGAGUUCCAGGUGCCGUCGCCACUGGUGCCGACCCGGGAAAGCUACUUCCUGAGGUACUGCAAGUACAAUCCCGACGGGACGUGGGCCGUCGUCGAUGUCUCGCUGGACGACCUCCGCCCUAGUCCUGUCUUGAAGUGCCGGCGCAGGCCGUCCGGCUGCCUUAUCCAAGAAAUGCCCAAUGGCUACUCAAAGGUGACCUGGGUGGAGCAUGUUGAGGUUGAUGACAGGUCAGUGCACAAUCUCUACAAGCCUUUGGUGAAUUCAGGCCUUGCAUUUGGAGCGAAACGGUGGGUUGGCACGCUAGGCCGACAAUGCGAGCGCCUCGCCAGCGCCAUGGCCAACAACAUCCCCAACGGCGAACUUGGUGUGAUCACAAGCAUAGAGGGGAGGAAGAGCAUGCUGAAGCUGGCGGAGCGGAUGGUGGCGAGCUUCUGCGGCGGCGUGACGGCGUCCGCCGCGCACCAGUGGACAACGCUGUCGGGCAGUGGCGCGGAGGACGUGCGUGUCAUGACCAGGAAGAGCGUCGACGACCCUGGCAGGCCGCCGGGCAUCGUGCUCAACGCUGCCAUCUCCUUCUGGAUCCCCAUCUCGCCCAAGAGGGUCUUCGAUUUCCUCCGCGACGAGACCUCUCGCAACACGUGGGAUAUCCUCUCCAACGGUGGCGACGUCCAAGAAAGUGCUCACAUCGCCAACGGCCGGGACCAUGGCAACUGUGUCUCCCUUCUUCGUGUCAAUAGUGGAAACUCGAACCAGCAGAGCAACAUGCUGAUCCUGCAAGAGAGCUGCACCGACGUGUCGGGCUCGUACGUCGUGUACGCGCCGGUGGACGUGGUGGCGAUGAACGUGGUGCUCAACGGCGGCGACCCAGACUACGUGGCCCUACUGCCGUCGGGCUUCGCCAUCCUCCCCGACGGGCCUCCAGGUGCCACCGCCGCUGCCCAGGGGGAGAACGCCGUCGGCGGCGGGUCCCUCCUGACGGUGGCGUUCCAGAUCCUGGUCGACUCCGUCCCCACCGCGAAGCUCUCGCUGGGCUCCGUCGCGACGGUGAACAGCCUCAUUGCAUGUACCGUGGAGCGCAUCAAGGACGCCGUCUGCGGGGAAGCCAACCCGCAGUAGCCAUCCACCACUUACUUUGCCAGGAGGGGGCAGCAACAUUUUUGGAGAAUUCACUAGUGGGGAGUCAAGAACGCACCUCAGGCUCUCCUUGCCUUGUGGUGCUCAUAUAUACCGCUAGUGUUCAUUGCCAGUAGCUUGUUGGGCACCUGCGAAAAUGUCGCGAAAGAAGAAGUCGUCACCACUAUGCAAGGGGGGAUGGUUCGGGUAUUGACUUCGCCGUCGAUUCUACAACAGAAUGGGUGCUGCUAAGAUGCUGUUCUGGAUCUCUUUCCAUAAUUAGGGCUUCAAUUUGCUGCUGUGUACUUUGUCAUGUCUGUGUUCAGGCUAAGGUGCCUGCCUGGAUGGUAGCAAGAGAACAGAUAUUCGUCUCUUUUUUGGGUUUUGCAAAUAUUUGUAGGCUUUAGGUGUUCGGUCAUUACCAAUCCUGGGUAAAACGUGCCUGUUGGUGCGGGUAUUUUUCUUGCUAAUUAAAACGAUGCAAUAUCGAUUCCUCGGUU